CCAAGGAAAAGAAACAUGAAGUCCCUGAUGGCUUUGGGCUUAGUUGCCACAGCAAUUGUCCUCACUUCUGCUCGGCGAUUUGACAGUGCAAAGGUGUUCCGUGUGAAGCCUCGAAAUGAAAAGCAAGUGAGCUUCAUGAAGGACUUGGCAAGCGUCCUACAGCUCGACUUUUGGUAUCCAGACACUGCUUUGCAUAUAGUCAACGAGAUGGAAGUGGAUUUCCAUGUAGGCGCUGAUCAGACCAAACAUGUCGAGACUCUCAUGGAGCAGAACGACAUGCAUUAUGAAAUUUUAUUUCAAAACCUGCAAGAAGACAUUGAAAAACAGCUUGACAAUGAGAGGAAUGCUGCUGGCAGAUACAGUUAUACAAAAUAUAAUGACUGGCACAAGAUUUCUGCAUGGACUGCCAGAAUUGUGAGAAAGAACCCAACGUUGGUUUCCCGCAUCCAGAUUGGAAACACCUUUGAAAAUCGACCCAUGUACAUCCUUAAGGUUGGGAAUCAAAGCGGUACAGAAAAGGCCAUCUUCAUGGAUUGUGGAAUUCAUGCACGAGAGUGGAUUUCACCCGCCUUCUGCCAGUGGUUUCUGAAAGAGGCCACCAAAACCUAUGGAAAGGAUGAGAAUAUGACAAAUAUACUGGACAAUAUGAAUUUCUACAUCCUUCCUUUAUUCAACGUAGAUGGCUAUAUCUGGAGCUGGACUCAGGAUCGCUUCUGGAGAAAGAAUCGUUCCAAUACAUCCAAAAGUGCUUGUGUUGGUGUUGACCUUAACAGGAACUUUGAUGUUGCAUGGGGCACGUUUGAUGCUUCCAAUAAUCCCUGUGAGGAAGUAUAUUGUGGAUCUUCACCGGAGUCUGAACAAGAAACUAAAGCAGUUACAGCAUUCAUCCGCAGCCACAUUUCUUCAAUCAAGGCCUAUCUGACAAUACAUUCCUAUUCUCAGAUGGUGCUGUUCCCAUAUGGCUAUACUUUUGAGAAGACACCGAAUCACGAUGAACUGAAUGAACUUGCAAAGAGAGCUACUGAAGCAAUACACAGCCUGUAUGGUAAAAUGUAUACGUAUGGGACAUCAGCAACUACAAUUUAUCCUUCCUCCGGUUGUUCUGAUGACUGGGCUUACAAUGAGGGCAUCAAAUACUCCUUCACCUUUGAGCUUCGUGAUAAGGGCAGAUACGGCUUCCUCCUUCCUGAAUCCGAGAUCAAGUCAACUUGCCAGGAGACUAUGCUGGCAGUCAAGCUCAUUGCGAAUUAUAUCCUCAGCCAGGCAUUAUAAUUUGGACUGGUACUUUCUGAUGGAUUGCAGAGAUUUGGAAAGUAAUAAAUCAGAACGUUUACAGAGAAAAGAAUCUGUGGUCUUGGAUCCGGGAACAGCAAGUUACUUAAGGUACAAUUCUGUGCAUGCAAGACAGACAAAACAUACAACUCCCAUCAUUCCCUACACCAGCAUGACUGACUGGGGAAUGCUGGGAUUUGUACGACAGUUUUCUGUCUAUAUAUGCAUAGAAUUUUGCCCCUAAAUCAAUUUCAGUUUCAAGCAUAGCAGAAGCAGCUUUUUAGAAAACCACUAGUUAAUCCUGCAAUUAACCUUCUGUUUUUGCAAACCUCUUCUAAUGCUAAAGAGCAGUUGGGCCAUUACAGAAAGAAAGAAUGUGACUUCAUGUUCAGUAGGAUCAUCAAGUUUUGGGGGUAAGGGAAAUGUGCAGUUUCAACUAUUUUCAGAGAUGCACCAAAAGAUUUAAGUAGUAAGUUAUAAUUACAAAUGUUUGUUUAAUUUAAAAUAUGUAUA